UGAGAAAGGGAAAGCAAUCACUUUCUCCUGCCGUUCACAUAAAAGCCGACAGGGAUGUUCCAUUCACAUUGUGUCCUGUGCCAACCGUUUUAGAAGUUGCUGUUCCUGUAGCUGAAUUCUACGCUCGUCCAAGAAUGAAGUCUGUCGUAGCUUUCGCUGUUGUCUGCGUGGCCAUUGCCGUCGUCGUCGGCUCAGCACUCCCAAAGAAAUCUGCAGCCAACAAAAGGUCAAAGCGUGCGGCGUACGAGCUCCCUGCCGACGCCGAACUGAUUGUAGGCAGUUACCAAACAACCUUCACCUGCGAUGGCUUCAAAUACGGUUACUACGCUGACGUCGACAAUGACUGCAAGAUCUUCCACGUCUGCCACGAAGUUGAGCUUGCGGACGGAUCCAAACAGGUCAACCAGUGGAGUUUCUUCUGCGGCAACCAGACCGUCUUCAACCAGCUCACCCUCACUUGCGCCUUCCCGGAGGAAUCCGUACCGUGCGAGAACGCGCGAGACUUCUACUACGUCAACGAUAACAUCGGCGUCGAAGACGCUCCUUUCUUGACAGACGACGACGUUGCCCGCGGACAAUCUCUCUACUCCGGCUACGGUGCUCGUCUGAGCGGAGCUGCUAAAGCUGCCAAGAAGUAGACAACACCUCCGUACCUUUUCUUUGCCGCCCCAGCGACAUUACCACACAUGCAAAAGGAUACCGACGGGAAUACUGAAGGAAUACAAGUCGAAGCAGACGCCGACAACUGCAAUUCUCUGUGUCUGCUUUGAAAGAAGCUCCAGUGACUGUCCCAUCCUUUUCCCUGCACGUUGAGUGAUGUACCGUGCAGUCCAGUAUCGUCUUCUCUUGUGCGCCCGCUCGUGCCCUUGGGCUUCGCCCGUACCGACCCCAUAGCGACUGUUUUCAUCGGGGAAGAGUUGUUACAGUCAUCGGGCAGGACAGCUUUGUGAAAUACUGCCCCUUCAUCUCGUUGCCACGUGUUUUGUCACCGCUCUGUUUGUUUUUGUUAAUGUUGUCCCGUUGUUAGAAAUAAUAAUUUGAGCACUGUUGGCUCAGCUGAGUGCUUGCAAUAAACUAAGUUAUAUGUAUACAAAUGACUGGCACCUGAG